AUUCGUAGCUUUGUAUUUGGUCCACUCAGAACCGUAAGCAUAGACAGAGGGGAAAAAUGGCAUCUCAGUUCUUCAAACCAUCAGCAAACGCCACCAGUGGAGGCGGAGAUGCCGUUUACGUUGCGGCCGUGCCGCUCAGAGCAACUUCUGGUCCACCACAGCUUAUCAUGUCAAUGGCCUACUCACUUAAUAUAAGGAAUUUACAGCAUUUCUUGGUUCUCAUCAAACCAUCUUCUUCAAUUCCUCAAGAGGUAAUCGUGUUUGAUUUUCAACCUGUUAAUCCAGAAAGCAUAGAUGCAGCAAUCUCAAUCUUGUCAGGAAAAUCAGUUCCAGGUGUAGUGAUGCAAAGAAAGUUGAAGAAUGUUCCUAAACAAAGAUGUUGGAUGGUUGGAUCAUCCAAAGGGAAUAACGCCAUGGAAAUGGCAAUUGAGUUUAAUAGCUCAUGGGAGACUGAUCUUAGAGUUGGCCUUCAUGAUUGCCGACAUUAUACCAAUGAACUAGUUCAACAUCUUACCGGAGAAAAACAAAUUGUUGAGCGACUCACAAGAAGCUACAGCAGUUAGCAUCCACCUCAAGAAUGGAUGUUACAUAUGUUCACUUAUCUACCAAUAUAAAUUGCUAGCUUUUUUUGUCAAAUUGGCCAGCACUUAUAAGUAUAUUUUAAGUUUUAACUCGUAGGUUUAAGAUUUUUUUUAAAGAACAGUACCCAAACCAAUAUUAUUAUCCUUAAUUAAAAUAACCUUCGAACUUC